GCACCACCGGAGAUCUCGCCGGGACCUGAUCUGGACGUGAUUAACAACGUUAAGGAGACGAUCGGUGACUGGCUGCGGAAUGAUCCUCAUGGGACCAACAACCUCGAGGUUCCGAUGCCGUCAGCAUUCCAGCGUCUGUUGAUGCACAGUGUUAUUGCGGCUGAGUACCCCAAUCUGUAUUCAUAUUCAUCAAGGAGAGCAUCUGAUGGAGAGAGGAUGCUUGUAGUAUAUCGGAGUCAAGACCAAUUAUAUGAAACUCAGAUUAAGGAGAUAGAGGAGGACUUGCAACAAACAACGGUCCAAGUGGGGGUCCGAUCGCUCCUCGAUGCGGCGGCUGAUAAAGUCAUUGUGGGCCACAACUGCUUCCUAGACGUCCUUCAUGCGCAGCACAGACUGUGA